GAGAAACGGAUACGGUGUCUGAAUUCCAAAUCACCUUAUGUAUAUUGUAGCAGCGUGUUUGAUGAAGUAAAGUUCUGCAAACAUGGCUUCCUCAGCUAUUUUCCAUAGUAUGUGCUUCAUUUCACCGCGCACUCCAAAAUGUUACAAAAAUCAAGCCCUGCGUCUCACCCAGUCUCAGUUCCUUUCCUCCGAAUAUUUUUUGAAGUCAAAGAAACAAUCUUUGCUCUCAAGCAUCCAUCUUAGAACCCAGAAAUCUCGCUCAUCAUUCGCUGUCUUCGCUGCGCAGUCUAAUUUCUUGAAAGCUCUUCAAACAGUGUGGAAGGUUGGGAAGGAUGGAAUCGAGGCAGGAACCAAUCUGGUGCCUGAUUCUGUACCAAGACCAAUUGCAAGGAUUUCUGUCACAGUAGCUGCACUUGCCGCUACGUUGUUUGUACUCUCGUCUUUCUUGUCUACAGCUUUCUUUGUGCUGGCCACCAUGGGACUUGUAUAUUUUAUAUUCAUUGCCUUCAAUAGAGAUGACGGGCCAAGAGGGGGUGGAGGCACCACCUCUACAGAUGACACUACCCUAGAAGAAGCGAGAAGAAUAAUGGAAAAGUACAAGUAACACCAAUGAGACUUUUAAGCUGACUCUCAAUGAUUCAAUUUACACAGGCUAUGAUUUUUGCAUGAAAGUUGUGGUUAUGCACUGAGAAGAAAAACAAAGUAAAGUAUUUCAUUUUGUUUUGUAUAUUAUGUUGUAAAUAAGAUGGUCCUUUACAUUGGCCCAAUCUUCUAGAGUUCUGUAUUGCUUUAUAGAA